CCACUGGGGCGACCCACCUCCCCCUUCUCUCACUCUCUCGUUCUCUCUCUCAGCGUCCGCGCGAUUUCGAGGGUUUUCUCGAAGGGAAGAGAAAAAAUCUCUCGGGGUUCGCCGUCAUCUCGCUCCGAUUCCGCCCCCGGCGCCUCCGUCGAGGAGAAUCUCGCUUGCAGGAGCCAACGGGUUUCCUCUGCAGAUCGAGGCUCCUCUUGUACUUCCAGGUUCUGGGAGCUCGAUCUCGGAUCUUUUUUACUCGGUCGGCUCCCGUAGCUACUCCUGUUUCCAUGGUUUGACUGGAAACUGGGCGGCGGGAGAAGAAGGCAUGGAGGGAGAUGAGCAGCAUCAGGUUGCUCUUGUAUGCGCUAUCUGCGGUGCUUUCUUCUGUGUCUUAAGUCCGCUUAGUUUUUGGAUUCUCUGGGCUGUAAAUUGGAGGCCGUGGCGGAUAUACAGUUGGAUAUAUGCAAGAAAAUGGCCUGAUAUUAUACAAGGACCUCACUUAGGUGUGGUUGCUGGUGCUCUAUCACUAAUUGCAUGGGUUAUUGUUCUUUCCCCCAUUGUUCUGCUAAUAACAUGGGGAGCCAUAAUUAUUGGACUUCUGAGACGCAAUAUAAUUGGUUUAGCUUUAAUAAUUGCUGGCACGGCUCUUUUACUGGCAUUCUAUUCUAUAAUGCUUUGGUGGCGGACACAAUGGCAAAGCUCAAGGGGAGUUGCUUAUCUUCUUCUCCUGGCUGUGGCAUUACUUUGUGCCUAUGAGUUCUGCGCUGUCUAUGUAACUGCUGGUGCGAGUGCUUCUGAGCAAUAUUCACCAUCUGGAUUCUUCUUUGGUGUAUCUGUAAUUGCACUAGCCAUCAAUGUUCUUUUCAUUUGCAGAAUUGUCUUUAAUGGAAAUGGAUUUGAUGUUGAUGAAUAUGUACGGAGAUCAUACAAAUUUGCAUAUUCUGAUUGUGUUGAAGUUGGAGCUGUUGCUUGCUUAACUGAACCACCAGAUCCAAAUGAGUUGUACAUGCGUAAAUCUAGCAGGGCUUUACACCUAGGACUUCUGUAUCUUGGUUCUGUGACUGUUCUUGUAGUGUAUGCAGUUUUGUAUUGGCUGACAGCAAAAGAAGCUCGUUGGCUGGGGGCAGUAACUUCAGUUGCUGUUCUUGUUCUCGAUUGGAAUAUGGGUGUUUGUUUGUUUGCAUUCGAGAUAGUCAGAAGUCGCAUAGUAGCACUAUCUGUUGCUGGAAUAUCCAGAAUAUUCCUCAUCUGCUUUGGAGUGCAUUACUGGUAUCUGGGUCAUUGCAUAAGUUAUGCUUUUGUAGCAUCUGUCCUUUUAGGUGCAAUUGUUUCUCGUCGAUUAUUUGUCUCCAACCCAUUGUUUGAAAGGAGAGUUGCUUUAAGAAGUACUGUAUUACGUCUUAGAGAAGGAUUCCGGCGCAAUGGGCAAAAUAGUUCCUCAAGUUCUUCUGAAGGUUGUGGAUCGAGUGUGAAACGUAGUAGUAGUAGUGUUGAAGCAGGUCAUCAAGCAAGUUCUGUGGAUGAUAUUUAUGGAAAUAACCAUAUUUCUAUGAGUGCCAAUAACAGGAAAAAUAUGCUUUUUGGUCGUUCUCGCAGUUGUCAAGAAGAUGCUAAUUGUGACAAGAAUGUAGAUAGCGGAAGGGAAAGUUUAGCAUUACGAAGCAAUUCAUGCCGCUCUGUUCAUGAUUCUGAAGUGGUCAGAACUACUGAUAGACAUCUUGAUCACAAUACUUCCCUUGUUACUUGUUCUAGCAGUGGUCUAGAAAGCCAAGGCUGUGAGUCGAGUGGAUCCGGCGCACCAUCCAUAAAUCAUUCUGGUUUAGACAUGAAUAUUGCUCUAAUUUUACAGGACAGGCUGAAUGAUCCAAGGAUUACAUCUAUUUUGAAAAGAAAAACUGGGCUUUCAGACCAUGAAUUAGCUAGUCUUCUUCAAGAUAAGGGCCUUGAUCCAAAUUUCACUUUCAUGUUGAAGGAGAGAGGGCUUGAUCCUAGACUUUUAUCUUUGCUGCAGAGAAGUAGUUUAGAUGCAGACAGAGAGCAUCAAGAUGCUACAGAUGCUCCUGUCCCUGAUUCUGGUAGAUUGGACAGUACUGUCCCGAAUCAAAUAUCUUUAUCGGAAGAACUUAGACAGAGGGGACUGGAAAAGUGGCUCAGGUUUUCUAGGCUUAUGCUACAUCAAAUAGCUGGUACUGCUGAACGUGCUUGGAUCUUUCUUACUUUGGUUUUCAUAGCAGAGACAGUGCUUGUGUCAAUUUUCAGACCUAAGCCUGUUAAAGUAAUUAAUGCUACUCAUGAACAGUUUGAAUUUGGUUUCUCUGUUCUGCUUCUCUCACCAGCUGUCUGUUCAAUCAUGGCAUUCCUAUGGUCUCUGCACGCAGAAGGAAUGUCAAUGACGUCUAGGCCUCGCAAGUAUGGUUUCAUCGCGUGGCUCUUGACUACAUGUGUAGGUUUACUUCUCUCAUUCCUAAGCAAAUCAUCUCUAAUAUUGGGAUUAGCUCUGACAUUUCCACUUAUGGUGGCAAGUCUUUCGGUUGCCCUCCCAAUUUGGAUGCACAAUGGUUACUGUUUCUGGAUAUCAGGAGGGCUUGAAAGUCAUGGAAACAGACAUCAGUCCUCUAGGAAGGAGGCCAUUAUGCUUGCAGGCAGUCUAUGCAUAUUUAUGGGAUCGGUUGCAGCUCUUGGUGCAAUCAUAUCUGCAAAGCCCUUAGAUGAUUUAGGUUACAAAGGUUGGAACACAAACCAAAACAGCAUCUACUCUCCUUACACAACAUCUAUGUACUUGGGUUGGGCUCUAGCUUCAGCAAUUGCUUUAGUAUUUACUGCUGGAAUGCCCAUUGUGGCAUGGUUUGCAACAUAUCGUUUCUCAUUCUCAUCUGCUAUAUGUCUUGGUUUUUUCACUGUUGUUCUUGUUGCUUUUUGUGGCACAUCAUAUUGGGGCGUGUUGAGUUCUCGAGAUGAUAGAAUUCCAAUGAAGGCUGAUUUUCUUGCUGCCCUACUUCCAUUGGUUUGCAUCCCUGCCUUUUUGUGUCUGUUCACGGGUUUGUAUAAAUGGAAAGAUGAUGAUUGGAAACUCUCUCGAGGAGUUUAUGCCUUCAUUGGCAUUGGCUUUACAUUAUUGCUUGGUGCUUUAUCAGCUCUGACAGUUAUGGUAGCACCUUGGACGGUUGGAGUAGCUUUCCUUUUAGUUAUACUUCUUAUCCUUCUAGCGAUUGGUGUGAUUCACUAUUGGGCCUCAAAUAAUUUCUAUCUUACAAGGACUCAAAUGUUAUUUGUUUGUUUUCUUGCUUUUCUUCUGGCUCUUUCUGCAUUUCUUUUGGGGCUUUUCGAAGGCAAACCUUUUGUUGGUGCAUCUGUUGGCUACUUUUCUUUUCUAUUUCUGCUUGGAGGGAGGGCAUUGACUGUACUUCUUUCACCACCAAUUGUCGUGUAUUCACCUAGGGUUUUACCUGUUUAUGUUUAUGAUGCUCAUGCUGAUUGUGCUAAAAAUGUUAGUCAUGCCAUUCUUGUUCUGUAUGGUAUUGUUUUGGCAAUCGAGGGAUGGGGUGUUAUUGCUAGCCUGAAAGUAUAUCCUCCUUUCGCUGGUGCUGCCACAUCAGCUAUUACUCUUGUCAUUGCCUUUGCUUUUGCUGUAUCUCGCUCUUGCCUGACAUGUAAGAUGAUGGAAGAUGCUGUGCAUUGUCUUAGCAAAGACACUAUUGUGCAAGCAAUAGCACGUGCUUCCACCAAGACUCGAAAUGCAUUAGCUGGCACGUAUUCAGCACCACAAAGAUCUGCUAGUUCAGCUGCUCUUUUAAUCGGUGACCCGACAGUUAUGCGAGACAGAGCUGGAAACUUCGUGCUCCCACGAGCUGAUGUCAUGAAGCUGAGAGAUCGUCUCAGAAAUGAAGAAGUUGCUGCUGGUUUAUUUCUUUGUGGAGCAAAAAAUGGUUUAGCAUAUCGUCGUGAAUCUCUGAGUGAUGCAGACUAUAAGAGAAAAAUGUGUGCACAUGCACGCAUUUUAGCACUGGAAGAAGCAAUUGAUACUGAGUGGGUGUAUAUGUGGGACAAAUUUGGUGGUUAUUUGAUUCUCUUGAUGGGUUUGACUGCCAAGGCUGAACAAGUACAAGAUGAAGUACGUCUUAGGCUGUUCCUUGAUAGCAUAGGCUUAUCGGAUUUGAGUGCCAAAGAGAUCAAGAAAUGGAUGCCUGAAGACCGUAGGCAAUUUGAAAACCUUCAGGAGAGUUACAUAAAGGAAAAAGAGAUGGAAGAGGAAAUCUUGAUGCAGAGAAGGGAAGAAGAGGGGAAGGGAAAAGAAAGGAGGAAAGCAUUGUUGGAGAGGGAAGAACGAAAGUGGAAAGAAAUUGAAGCCUCUCUUUUGGCUUCUAUGCCUAAUGUUGGAAACAGGGAGGCUGCAGCUAUGGCUGCUGCUGUACGAGCUGUUGGAGGAGAUUCUGUUCUGGAAGACUCCUUUGCUAGGGAGCGAAUCUCGAGUGUUGCUUGUCACAUUCGGACAGCAGAGUUGGCUCGCCGAGCAGAACAGACUGGGAUCUCUGGUGCUGUAUGCAUUCUCGAUGAUGAGCCUAGAAGUUCAGGUAGACAUUGUGGAAUGAUCCAUCCAAGCCUUCAUAACAGUCAAAAAGUUACCUUUUCUAUAACAGUCAUGAUUCAGCCUGAGUCUGGUCCAGUCUGUCUACUGGGGACUGAAUUUGAAAAGAAGUACUGUUGGGAAAUUCUUGUUGCUGGUUCUGAGCAAGGUAUUGAGGCUGGACAGGUUGGUCUUAGAUUGGUUAGCAAGGGUGAUAGGUUGACAAUUGUUGCCAAAGAAUGGAGUAUAGGUUCUGCCUGCAUCACAGAUGGAAGGUGGCAUAUUGUGACAGUGACUUUAGAUGCUGAGUUAGGCGAGGCUACCUGCUAUAUUGAUGGUGGUUAUGAUGGAUAUCAAAGUGGCUUACCACUCCAUGGGACUAAUUGCAUAUGGGAAGAGGGAACAAGUGUUUGGGCUGGCAUUAGGCCACCUAUAGAUUUGGAUGCUUUUGGAAGGUCUGAUAGUGAAGGUGGAGAUUCUAAGAUGCAAAUAAUGGAUGCUUUCUUAUGGGGAAGGUGCUUGACUGAAGAUGAGAUUGCAGCACUUCACUCUGCCACAAGUACUGCUGCAUAUGAUUUGAUCAAUCUCCCUGAGGAUGGCUGGAAUUUGGGUGAUUCACCUUCAAGGGUAGAUGAUUGGGAAAGUGAAGAAGCAGAAGUAGAACUAUAUGAUAGGGAAGAUGUAGAUUGGGAUGGCCAAUAUUCAAGUGGUAGGAGAAGAAGGUCAGGAUAUGAAGCUGUGACAAUUGAUAUGGACAUUCUUAUGAGAAAACUGAGGAAACCUCGGUUUGAAACCCAAGAGGAAAUAAAUCAACGUAUGCUAUCUGUUGAAAUGGCUGUGAAGGAGGCUCUUCUGGCUAAAGGGGAGAAACAUUUUACUGAUCAGGAUUUUCCUCCUGAUGAUCGCUCUUUGUAUGUUGAUCCAGUAAAUCCUCCUCCGAAGUUGCAGGUUGUUUCUGAAUGGAUGAGACCGAUUGAUAUUGUGGAAUUAAGCUGUGUUAGUUCUCGGCCCUGUUUAUUUUCUGGUUCUGUGAAUUCCUCAGAUGUUUGUCAGGGUAGAUUAGGUGACUGCUGGUUUUUAAGUGCUGUUGCUGUUCUGACAGAGACAUCACGUUUAUCUGAAGUAAUAAUUACACCAGAGUAUAAUGAGGCGGGGAUUUAUACAGUUCGGUUUUGUAUUCAGGGUGAGUGGGUCCCUGUUGUGGUGGAUGAUUGGAUUCCAUGUGAGUCUCCUGGGAAGCCUGCAUUUGCAACCAGUAGGAAACGGAAUGAACUAUGGGUUUCUGUUUUGGAGAAAGCGUAUGCUAAGCUUCAUGGUUCUUAUGAGGCAUUAGAAGGUGGGCUAGUCCAAGAUGCUCUGGUUGAUCUCACAGGAGGGGCUGGUGAAGAGAUAGACAUGAGAAGUUCUCAGGCGCAUAUUGAUCUUGCAAGUGGACGUCUAUGGUCUCAGUUGUUACAUUUUAAAAGGGAAGGUUUUCUACUGGGUGCUGGUAGCCCAUCAGGGUCAGACGUACAUGUUUCAUCAAGUGGAAUUGUCCAGGGUCAUGCUUACUCAAUAUUGCAGGUGAAAGAAGUGGAUGGUCAUAAGCUUGUUCAGGUUCGGAAUCCAUGGGCCAAUGAAGUUGAGUGGAAUGGUCCUUGGUCUGACACAUCACCUGAGUGGACAGAGCGGAUGAAACAUAAGCUCAAGCAUGUGCCGCAGUCAAAGAAUGGGAUAUUUUGGAUGUCUUGGCAAGACUUUCAGAUUCAUUUUCGGUCUAUAUAUGUUUGCCGAAUAUAUCCAAUAGAGAUGCGCUACUCUGUGCAUGGCCAGUGGCGUGGUUAUAGUGCAGGGGGCUGCCAAGAUUACGAAUCAUGGCAUCAGAACCCUCAAUUCAGGCUUAAAGCAACUGGACCAGAGGCGUCUUUUCCAAUUCAUGUGUUUAUCACCCUCACCCAGGGUGUCAGCUUCUCCAGAAAGAGCAAUGCUUUCAGGAACUUUCAGUCUAGUCAUGAUUCGUCAUUGUUUUAUAUUGGACUGAGGAUUCUCAAGACUCGCGGACGUCGUGCUGCAUACAAUAUCUACUUGCACGAGUCAGUUGGUGGUACUGAUUAUGUCAACUCGAGAGAAGUUUCAUGUGAAUUGGUCUUGGAACCUUAUUCUAAAGGAUAUACCAUUGUUCCCACAACUAUACAACCUGGAGAAGAAGCACCAUUCAUACUAUCUGUCUUUACUAAAGCAGCAAUAACCCUAGAAGCUCUAUGAUGCUUAAUUUUAGCACUUUCCGGCAGUUACUUUCGUGGAUAGAGGGUCAGGGCUUCAGUAUGGCUUGACUAGCUUUGAUGCCAUUCGGACUCAAGCUUACCAGAAGGUCAAGUGUGCCGCAAAGUAGCUCGGAUGUGGAUCAAUGGUUGAAUCACGAUCGAAACUAUUUUCUCAAAACCACAUCUGUAUCCAAAUUUAGAACAUGCAAAAUGGAAGCACAAAGUGGAAGCACAAGAAAUUGCUUGUUUUGAUCGAGAGACUUCUCGUUAAGCUUGUUGCUUCCUGCAGCUCCAUUGGCACCCCUCGACCUAGCUUGGACUCCUGAGUCUGUAUAUAGCACGGCGGCCUGGUUUGAAGAAACAAUGCCUGAUUGGUUAGGUAUGUCGAUGAAGUAUAGGAAAUAGGAAACACUAAUGGACAAUAGCGAAAAACGUGGACAUUGUGUCAAUAGAAGGGAUGCAGCUGAAACUCUUUAAGAGGAUUGCGUUGCAGCUGCAGUUUUGUAGUUACCCCCGUAAUUUUUUUCUUCAUUAUCAUAGGCUUAGCAUUAUUUUUUUUUACGAUGUAAUCUAUUCUCAUCUCUUUGUAAUGUUCGAUUAAGCUUUGUAUUCUUGCCCCAGUCUCAACUCACAACUCAUGGAAUAUAGUUUCUAUUUCUUCCGAUA